AGGGAAGCUGUUGGUAAGCGGACAGAGGGCGGAAGUGGCCGAGAAGGCGGAAGUCCCGGCUCCCCGGUCAUGGCACCAAUUCUUGUGCUGCUCCUGGCCGGGGUGGUGAUUGCAUCUCGCGGGGACCGGGAGCCGGUGUACAGGGAGUGUGUGAGCGCCUGUGAACAGAGGAACUGUAGCGGGAGCCGGCUGCAGGACUUCCGGGCUGAGCAGCCCCUCUACAUGAGGCUGACUGGCUGGGCAUGCUUGGACGACUGUCGUUACCAGUGUAUGUGGGACACGGUUUCCCUUUAUAUUAAAGAAGGAUAUGCUGUCCCCCAAUUUCAUGGCAAGUGGCCAUUUUCCAGAUUCCUGUUCUUCCAGGAGCCAGCGUCCGCCUUGGCCUCUUUUCUCAAUGGCCUUGCCAACAUAAUGAUGCUACGGCAUUACCGUGCUUCUGUUCCUGCUUCUUGUCCUAUGUACCACACCUGCCUCACCUUUGCCAUGGUCUCCAUAAAUGCGUGGUUCUGGUCGACAGUUUUUCACACCAGAGACACGGCGAUUACUGAGAAAAUGGACUACUUCUGUGCCUCGGCAGUCAUUCUGCACUCUAUCUACCUGUGCUGUAUGAGGACUUUGGGUCUUCGAUAUCCUUCUUUGGCCACUGCUUUUGGUGCUGUCCUAGUAGUACUCUUUGCGUGCCAUGUGUCUUACCUUACCCUUGGACGAUUUGACUACAGCUACAACAUGCUAGCAAAUGCUGGCUUUGGCAUGGUUAAUCUGGUAUGGUGGCUGGCAUGGUGUUUGAAGAGACGUUCCCACCAACCUUAUUUGUGGAAGUGUGUUCUGGUGGUGGUCCUACUACAGAGUCUAGCUUUGCUGGAGCUGCUCGAUUUCCCACCUGUCUUGUGGGUGCUGGAUGCCCAUGCUCUCUGGCACUUUAGCACCAUCCCUUUGAAUGUACUCUUCUAUAGCUUCCUGAAAGAUGACAGCCUGUACCUGCUUAAGGUGAACUCUGAUGUGUUAAAAGUGGACUAGUCGUAGAAGAACUCAUGCCUGGGUCUGGAUUUUGCACUGGCUUGCGCGGCCCUCUGAAGUUCAUGCACAGGAGACUUUUGUGAACCAUAUUAUUUCCCUCUUGUAGAAUGAGGGUCUCUAAAGUGCCUUACUCUUAUUUAAGGGACUGUGUACAGGAUACUUCCUGCAUUUGAUACCCAGUGCACAACUGAUUCAUAUCCUUAGCUUUCUGUAUUAUAGAUACCUUGUGGCUAUUAUUGAAACAUAUGUUAUACACUGCGCUGACAGGUCUCAAACCAGUCUUCUUGGGACCACUAAUGGGUUAUGUACAUAUGUGCGUGUUGUGUCAGAUUGCUUGUGUUUGACACAAAAUAUUUUAAAUUGCCAAAAGCAAAGUUUAUAUCUGUAUCUAUUUGUGCAUUGUAGUGAAGGAGCCAUUAUAUAUUGUCAAAACC